GGAAGCGGAUGUGCGCGGCGGAAGUGGCUGGGCGGAAGUGGCGGCUUGUUGCUGUGCGCCUGGGUUUGGAGUUCUCCGGGUGGCGACGGGCCGUUAGUUCAUCAUGUCGAUCGAAAUCGAGUCGUCGGAUGUUAUCCGACUGAUUAUGCAGUACCUGAAGGAGAACAGUCUGCAUCGUGCCUUGGCCACUCUACAGGAAGAGACCACAGUGUCACUGAACACAGUGGACAGCAUUGAGAGUUUUGUUGCAGAUAUUAACAGUGGCCAUUGGGACACAGUACUGCAGGCAAUACAGUCAUUAAAACUACCAGACAAAACACUUAUUGAUCUGUAUGAGCAGGUAGUUUUGGAAUUGAUAGAGCUUCGUGAAUUGGGUGCUGCCAGAUCUCUCCUGAGACAAACUGACCCAAUGAUCAUGCUAAAGCAAACUCAGCCAGAGCGUUACAUCCACCUUGAAAACCUUUUGGCCAGAUCCUAUUUUGAUCCUCGUGAGGCAUACCCUGAUGGGAGCAGCAAAGAGAAGCGGAGAGCUGCUAUUGCCCAAGCCUUGGCCGGUGAAGUCAGUGUUGUGCCUCCAUCUCGUCUUAUGGCGUUGCUGGGACAGGCACUGAAAUGGCAACAGCACCAGGGACUCCUUCCUCCUGGUAUGACAAUUGAUUUGUUCCGAGGCAAAGCAGCUGUCAAAGAUGUUGAAGAGGAAAAGUUCCCCACACAACUGAGUCGGCAUAUUAAGUUUGGCCAGAAGUCUCAUGUGGAGUGUGCUCGAUUUUCCCCAGAUGGUCAGUAUCUGGUCACUGGCUCUGUUGAUGGGUUCAUUGAAGUAUGGAACUUCACCACUGGCAAAAUCAGGAAGGAUCUGAAGUACCAAGCUCAGGAUAACUUUAUGAUGAUGGAUGAUGCGGUUCUAUGCAUGUGUUUCAGUAGGGAUACGGAAAUGCUGGCAACUGGAGCACAGGAUGGGAAGAUCAAGGUUUGGAAGAUUCAGAGUGGGCAGUGUUUGAGGCGAUUCGAAAGAGCACACAGCAAAGGUGUCACCUGCUUGAGUUUUUCAAAGGACAGCAGUCAGAUUCUUAGUGCCUCUUUUGACCAGACAAUCAGGAUUCAUGGCUUGAAGUCUGGCAAGACUCUCAAAGAAUUUCGUGGUCAUUCGUCAUUUGUUAACGAAGCCACAUUUACACAGGAUGGGCAUUACAUUAUCAGCGCAUCUUCGGAUGGCACUGUGAAGGUUUGGAAUAUGAAGACUACGGAGUGUUGUAACACUUUCAAAUCACUCGGCAGCACAGCUGGGACAGACAUCACCGUCAACAGUGUGGUUUUGCUGCCUAAGAAUCCGGAACACUUUGUUGUUUGCAACAGAUCAAACACAGUUGUCAUUAUGAACAUGCAGGGGCAGAUUGUGAGAAGCUUCAGCUCUGGUAAGAGGGAAGGUGGUGACUUUGUCUGCUGUGCCCUUUCUCCACGAGGCGAGUGGAUCUACUGUGUGGGUGAAGACUUUGUGCUGUACUGUUUCAGCACAGUGACUGGCAAGCUGGAGAGAACUUUGACGGUACACGAAAAGGAUGUUAUUGGUAUCGCUCACCAUCCCCACCAGAACUUGAUUGCUACCUAUAGUGAAGAUGGGCUGCUGAAACUCUGGAAACCAUAAACUGAUUUUGUAAUUCCCUCCAGUUCAUGGAGAUCUUGAAUGCAAUGGCACAGUGCAUUGUGGGGUGGUUUUCAGUUCCUAGGAGGUCCAAAAGUUAUCUCAGCUGAAUAUAAAUUUCAUAUUAAGAUGUCCCAAUAAAUUUGCAAUUUAUUUAUUGCAAAUAAAUGCAAUAAAUCCAGUUAGUAGAAUAUUUGCUAGUUGCUUGCCCCGGUGUAGCACUUUGCUGCAAAGGAAAAAAAAAUCCUUUAAAAUGUAUUUCCUGUUUGUUUUAAUUGAAUGAAUGUUAAAUGUAAAUAUUGUUCUGGCUAAGGCAAAGUGAAGAAAAGCAAACAUUUGGUGUUUCUGUGAAAUUGAUUUCAUCCAUGUUCUGUCCCAACUAUCCCAUGGAAAUAAGGUGUAUUCUACUUAAAACAGACACAUUUCUUGCCAAAGCUAAGCUUUUUAAAAUUCCAUCAGUUUUAAUGGACAUGUUAAGAAGAGAAUACGGUCCAUUAACAGGCACAGGGCUUCAGAGCAUUUAACUUUGGCUGGGGAGUGGAUAAAUCUUCUGAACUUCUCAAAAUGAAUACCCAGUAACGUUCUUGUGGAGUUUUCUGCUCUGGGUAACACAUUUGACUUUAUUCUCCUUUUAAAAUAUAGCUUUGUCUGGAUUAGCUUAGAAAAUAUAGUUUUAUAGAUUUCUUUUUGCAAUGUUCCAAAAUAUGUGUGAGCUUUAGUCAAUCUUGCUUAUUGUCCUAGUAAAUAAGCCUCAUCUAGUGUCUGGUCUUGAUCUGAAGCCACCUUGACUGAUUAUCAAACUUGUUCAGUGGUCAUUUUCUGAUUUCUAGACUUGUGUAGCUUUUAUUUGGAGCCAUUUGUUUGGUGGUACUUUAUUUUUUAAGUGUGUCUAUUUUACAAUAAAGUAUUACUACAAAAGCA